AUGACGUCUGAGGUAGUGGCGAAAGUAAAGGACAAGAUUGAGGGACUCCUUAAAGCAGGCUUCAUUCGGAAAACCCAUUAUGUCCAGUGGCUAGCAAACGUUGUGCCCGUCCUUAAAAAGAAUGGAAAAUUAAAGGUCUGUAUAGAUUUUCGAGACCUGAAUACAGCCACACCCAAGGAUGAGUACCCAAUGCCGAUGGCUGAUAUGUUGAAAAAUGCUGGGGCCACCUACCAAAGGGGCAUGAACCUAAUUUUCCAUGACAAGAUUGGGCAGUUCUUAGAGGUCUAUAUCGACGAUGUAGUGGUCAAGUCUAUGAACCAGGAUGAGCACCUCGGUCAUCUCCGUAAAUAUUUUGAGCGAAUGAGAUGGCACGGUCUGAAGAUGAAUCCCCUUAUGUGCUCUUUCGGGGUAUCAAUAGGGAAUUUUCUUGGUUUUCUCAUCCACCAGAAAGGGAUUGAGGUAGAUAGAAAUAAAACCAAGGCAAUCAUGCAGACACUAGCUCCCCAAAACAAGGAGCUUCAGAAGUUUUUGGGACAGGCUUUUGAGGAGCUUAAACGGUACCUGAUCGAGCCACCUGUGUUGAUGUCACCACAGAAGGGCAUGCCGCUCAAGCUAGAGGAAAUACGUGCCCAUCGAGAAACUCUGUUUGGCACUAUACUUCACCUGUACCAAACUCAAGCAUUACUUGUUACCCACGACAGUGUUUGUUCUUUGCCAAACAGACGUUAUCAAAAAUCAGUUAAAGGCCAGGCUUUGGCCGAUUUCCUCACAAUGCAUCCCCCAUUGGAAUUGGGAGAGGAAAGUACGGACGUAGGUGUUAACACCAUUGAACGAUCACCCUGGAAGCUAUUCUUUGAUGGUUCCAGAACCAGUGCUUCAUCAGGGGCAGGAAUAGUUUUGGUGUCUCUUGUGGGCAUGGAAACUCGCCUCACUUUCCAACUUUGCUUCCCGUGCACAAAUAAUCAGGCCGAGUAUGACGCAUUGUUGAUCGGUCUUAAACUUAGUGCUAUAGGCGUGAAAAACGUAGAAAUCAUUGGCAACUCUCAAUUAGUCAUCAAACAUUUGGCCAAGGAAUACCGUUGUGAAAGCCAGGCUUUGCUUCCAUAUUUUUCUAUGACCCAGCAGUGUCUGGACAACUUUGACGACACUUCGGACUGCAUCAGAUAUGCAAAAGGGUGUCAAGCCUGCCAAAGGCACACCCCUAUGCAAGGAGUACCUACAACGCAGCUCCACCCUAUAGCAAAGCCGUGGCCAUUCAGAGGAUGGGCUCUCGAUUUGAUUGGGAAAGUAACUCCUCCCUUAGCUCAAGGACACACGUUUGUCAUUGUAGCCACUGACUACUUCACCACAUGGGUGGAAGCUAUACCAAUGAAGUCGAUCAAUCAGGCUGAUGUGAUCAGGUUCUUGAAACUAGAGAUAAUACACCGUUUUGGUUUGCUUGAAACCCUUACUAAUGAUAAUGGGUCAAUCUUCUUUGGAGGAGAGGGUAACAGUCAGGCUGAGGCUAGUAAUAAGGUGAUCAAGAUAAAUUUGUCAAAGGUUUUCAAUGAUAACCCAAGGUCUUGGGCAGAAGUGCUGUUAGAAGUUCUUUGGGCCUUUAGGACUUCAAAGAGGACAGCAACAGGAACUACUCCUUAUGUACUAACUUUUGGUCAGGACACUGUUUUACCAAUGGAGUUGACCGUGAAGUCUUUGCGGGUGGCAAGGCAGUAUAAGCUAACUCCCCUAGAGUAUUCCGAUUCCAUGAUAGCUGAACUUGAGAAUUUGGAUAAGGAGCGGUUAUUAGCUCUCGACCUAAUCCAGGCCCAAAAAGUCAAGGUGGCCAAGGCAUAUAAUAAGAGAGUCAAGCCCAAGGCGUUCACUGAAUCGGAUCUGGUACUUAAGGCUGUAAUGCCAAUUGGUCGCAGGGAUCCCAAGUAUAGGAAAUGGUCACCUACCUGGGAGGGGCCAUUUCUAGUGCAUCAGGUCUUGAAGGGUGGAGCCUACCAUUUAAGAACGCUGGACGGUCAAGUGCAGUUAAGGCUGUUAAACGACAAGUACUUAAAGCAAUAUCACCCAACAAUGUGGGAAGCAAAAGUGAUAGAUUUCUAG